AUGGAUCUGGACAACGACUUAGACGCAUCUACACCGUGCACGGUUGCUCGGCGGUCAAGUGUUGCGCAAGGCAGAGCACUCCUGAGUAUCUGGGAAAAGGCAUUUGCUAUUUCAAGGCACGGCCAGUACUCUGACGAUAGCCUUGAGGCAGUCACUUGUAUCGAAACAUUUGCUAAGGAUAUGAAGAUCGCUGCGCUUUCCCAAGAUGUGGUCACGGUUAACGGCCACAUGGCACCUAUAUGGGGAGUAGUCUGUCUAGCUUUGGGAUUGAACUUGGAAGAAGUUGGCUAUCUAUUCCUCCUGAAUCAUGUCAAAGCCGUGCUCAGUGCUGCAGUGAGAGCAUCUGUGAUGGGACCGUACAUGUCGCAUUCCAUUCUUGCCUCAGAGCAGCUUCAGACUCUAGUGAAAAAGAGCUUGGAGGCUGUAUGGUUCCUGCAGCCCGAAGACGCUGGUCAGGUCGUGCCUGCUCUGGAUCUGUGGCUGGGAAGGCACGAACUACUAUACAGCCGCAUCUUCAACUCAUGA